CGAAGCGGAGGGCGGGUCUAGAGUUUGUGACAAGUGCCUGGUGGUCUCCCCGAGUAUAAAGUCUACUUCUAAAAGUUUGGUCCGCUGCUUGGGAAAGGAGAUCACUUCGGAAAAGUCUAGGCUGGGACAAAAAAGUUUGGAAGUUCGCCACAACAGCCAUUACGAUGGAUAGAUCCAACGUAACGAUAGACCCGAGAUGCACACAACCGCCUCCUUACGCCAUCGAGAUUAUACUCAAUCUGGACAUCUUUGGCAUCAUGCUGUACUCGGUGCUCACUUUUAUGGCUGUUGUGUCAAUGCUGGUGUAUCUGGAGGAGUGUGCAUACAUCUACAGGAAGGUCCCAGCUAAUAAGAAGAGUAUCAUUAUUUGGGUGAAUGGAGCAGCACCUGUGAUUGGCACUAUGUCCUGCCUGGGCAUGUGGAUCCCUAAAGCCACCAUGUUUACGGACAUGACCUCAGCAUGCUAUUUUGCCGUUGUGGUGUUCAAGUUUCUGACCUUGAUGCUGGAGGAGGUUGGUGGAGAUGAGGCCUUUCUAAAACGGGCAGGAAAAUACAAAUUGAGAAUCAGUACUGGGCCCUGCUGCUGCUGCUGCCCCUGUCUGCCCCAUGUGGCCAUCACUAGGCGCACUCUUUUCCUGCUAAAGCUGGGGUCGUUUCAGUUUGCAGUCCUGAAAAUUGCCUUAACCGUCCUUUCAAUUGUGUUGUGGACGGAUGGGACUUUUGAUCUUGCUGAUUUGACCAUCUCUGGUGCUGCUAUAUGGAUUAACCCUUUUGUGGGCGUACUGACCAUCAUUGCCCUCUGGCCCGUGUCAAUCAUGUUCAUGCAUCUGAGGACUACCCUGCGCACACUUAAGAUUGUACCCAAGUAUGCCAUGUACCAGCUUGUGCUGGUCCUAAGUCAGUUGCAGACAGCGAUCAUCAACAUCUUGGCUUUAAAUGGCACAAUAGCUUGUGCUCCUCCCUACUCCUCUGCAGCUAGAGGAUACAUGAUGAGUCAGCAGUUGCUGAUCGUGGAGAUGUUCAUAAUUACGUUGGUAACGCGGCUGUUGUACCGACGACAGUAUGAUCCGCUGCCCUCAGAUGAGGAAGAUGUCAAUGAAAACUCCAAAAUGAUUACAGCCCUUCAGUCCUCCAGUGAGAGUUAGAGUUUGUGUGUGACUUUAUGAAUUCAGUGAAUGAAAUCUUCAUGAAAGUUUUUGUCAUGAUUUUAAAAAUCUGAUGCAGCUUAUUUCCCUCACAGGAUAUGCCCAUAUAUAUAUAUUUACCCUGAACAAUCACAUUUUAUUUUUUAUAAUACAUAUAGACUACUUUUAAUUACUAACAUUUGGUCCACAAGGUGGCAGUAGAAAACAACCAAAUGGUGCAGACGGGCUUAUUGUGUUUUUUUGUGUUAUUUUUUAUAUUGUAAAGGCAAUGCAUGCCAAAGUAUUUAGGUUACACUUAAUUUGGCACAGUUAUGUGUUGAAUACAGUUUAGGACAUCAACACGAGAAUAUUUUCACUGUAAACAUAAGCAGUGUUUAACUGACACUAUUUCAUCCAAUCAGGUUGGGGGUGUGUUUUUUUUUACUUCCUAGAUGAGCACCAAUGAGCUUUGAGUAUCAACCUGCUCAAGUGUGGUUGUUCCGCAGUUAGGGGCAGUUUGGUCAAGUUCGCCUGAAUGCUGGAAGUAGCUAUGUUUACAAACUACAUAUUGUACAAAUUUUGAACCUUUGAAAUUAAAUUUAAUUUUACUUUUGAAAUCAACAUUGCAACUGUUUAAUUUUAUUUUUGUGAGAAUAUAAGGCUUUCAUAUUAAUUGUUUUGAAUAUCAAACCAAAAGCCUGAUAAUAAUCAGGGGUUGGUUUAAACUUAAUUGUUCUUACUCUUUAUAUUAUUUUUGUUAUAAUGCAAUAUGAGCUUUAGUAUUAUUCUUUAUAAGGUCUUUAAAGGUGUCUUGCGUAGCUUUUCUGGUGGAUCCAUAUCCAUCAUGAAUAUUAUUGCUUUGCAUGAAUGUUUCACAGUCUGGCAUUCAACUUUUCUCCAUGGAGACAAGCAGGUAUUGCCAUCAGGUCCAGUUUUGGGUGUGGGUGUGGUGACUCAAACCCACUCUAUUAGACUGCAUGUUUUUCAGUAUGUUUUUGAGCAAUAAAACACUUGUAAUUGGAUAAUUAUUUGACAGAUAAGUUUAAUGCCAUACUAUGGAACAUUCCUAGCAACUCUAACUCAGGCAAAGUGAUAAUAUGCAAUAGUGUAACUUCUACCAGAAAAGUUGCACAGUGCCCCUUUAAGUAGGCUAUUAUUUUGUGUGUAUUAUGAAGUGUUACUGUAUUCUCUGACUACCUGCAAUAUGCAUAAAUCCACUGUUACAGGGAUGUCAGUGGGAGAACAUGGCAAAUGGAAG